AACCUUAAUUGUUCCCAGGUUACGACGAUGCACUCUCCAAGUGCAUAUCGGCUCUACGCACCUCGAUCCUCAGACACAAUUGCGUAAUCACUCAAAGAACUGCUUAGUGCUCUGGUUGUGGGCACUCAGGCCACCGCCAGCCAAUGUUUCAUUACGCCUACAUUAUCGACGGUGGCGUGGAUGCCUGUCAAUUGACUGUCAGGGAUUUACCAGUGCAUGGUCAUCAGUUGAAGUCUCCAACGUACCUGCAUGAGCUGUUCCCUCCACGUUCCAUACGUGUACUAGGUGGUUCACUUUUGAAGGAUCCAGACCUAAUGUCAGACCUCAGUUCAGCCAAGGUAUCAUCAGACCGCGAUACUCGGUCACUCACCGCGGAACCAUGCCUACCGUUGGAGGUACAGGAGCGCAUCCUGGACUUCGUCGCUGGAUCCAUGGACAGCCGCGAGACGAUGAAGGCCUGUAUGCAGACAUGCAAAGGUUGGACUCCUCGCUGCCGAUUUCACCUCCUGCACGAGAUCCAUCUACGAGGCCAGCAAGAGGUGUUCUCGUUCGGGAGGCUGCUAGACUCCAAUCCGCGUUACCGCAAUGAAGUCGUCUAUGCCCACAUUGGAUCGCGGGACGGAUCGCUGCAGCCAAUUGCAUACGUGGAGUCUUUCGCGGCUCGAUUCGCCGGGAAGCUGCCUUCCGUCCAUCAUCUCAUGAUACGCAAUGCGGAGAUGAAGUCGACCAACCUUCGCCAGGACGCCUACCUCCACUUCUCCAGCUUCGCAUCGCUGAGCGAGCUGUCGCUAGUGCGAGUUACAUUUCGAACACGCUCGAUGUUCGUUCGCAUUGCAUGCUCUUUCCCUGGAUUGACCCUAUUGCAGUGCACGGAUGUAGAGAUACCGGGACCUAACCACCAGAGUACCGUGAUCACGCCGGUCCUCCGUCCUAACAUUCGGCACCUAGGUGUCGACGGAGAUCCUUCCUCCAUCGAGAGGGUCUCACAUGCCUUUGUCAAUGCCAUUCUUGCUGUCGCGCUUCGGACCCUCGUCGUGGGCUACCAGACAGCGGUUCCCCUUCGAGACCUCACAGCUUCCGUUCAGUGGUUGCUCGACGCUGCCGGUCCUUCGCUCCGUACGUUCACUUGCCUCAUAGACGAGGGCGGCUUCAAGCGUGACGAUCGCGCCGUGCAGUAUAUCAAUUUUACACCGAAUACGUGUUUGGAACGCAUCGUACUCCGGAUUCCCAUUCACAAAGACCCGUCCCUCUCGUGGAUUCCUGCCCUUCUCUCCUCCGCCACCUUCCACGAGGGCGGGGAAGUGUGUCUGAUCUUCAGCGUCGAUGCGCGAGACGAUACGCCCCACGUCUUGAGGAUGCUGUUCACGCGGCUUCGGCAGUCGGUCGGCUUUGAGCUCGAAGCCAUCCUGUCUCGUCCCGGAUUUACGAAGCUCAAGAAGUUCUCUGUCGAGCUCUAUAUCGUGCCUUGGAAUAUAGGGCUCUCGCAGCUCGCAUGGACAGAAGUCGUCACAGCCGCAAUGCCUCGAUUGCAGGCGCGGGGAGUAUUGGACCCAUGUAUGCGGGUGAUGAGCGAUUAUUCGCCCACGGAUGUGGGUUCGUUGCUUCGAGGUGGUGUUUCGUUGAUACCAGGCUCCAGUGUGGCUGAGACCCUUGCCCGAAUCCCCUCCGAUGAUCUGCACGCGGAACGUUAGACUUGCUGAAUGGGCUCCCGGAUCAAGAUAAGCGUUAUUGAACGUU